UUCUCCUCACUUGAUGACUGCGAGUACUUCACUCCUCUCGCGUCUGAUCUCCUGCACUGUGGACGUGUUGAUAAUCUCCAUCGUGUCUCGUCUCAACGCGGAGCAGGGCGGACGCCACGCCUUUGGGGAGCCACUUUGACACCUUGUCAGAUUAUCUCCAGUGUUCGUCCUCCCCACCUGACAGGAUUGCGUCCGCUCCACUCCAGAGGAACAUUUUCUUCUCCAUCAUUUACGCAUGCUGCGCUGUCUUUUUGGAGUGUGAUCGUGCUGCUGCGUGAACGUCAAAUCAGGGGUGAUAUCUGGAAGUCCCCCUCGUAUUUACAUCGGAUAGCAACACGUCGGAUCAAGAAUGGGGCUUGCAGUGUAGUGGUGGUGCAGACAUUGAUGACUGGUUUACAUGUGUGGAGUGUCUGCCUGAGCAAACAGACUUUGAGAUAUAGUUGCUGCAGUAGGGCUAUGACGCAAUGACCAAUCACAAGCAGGCAGGCCGGAAUGCCCCAGACUGGGUGCUCAGGCACAAUGUUCACCACUCCUAGUGGCUUCAGCCCCCAUCUGGCCUGCGCUGAGCCUGAGGAGGAGGAGGAGGCUGCACAGGAGGGCCAGGGGCCAGCAGCUUGCCUGGCUGAUGGGCCCCCCAUCAGCUCUGCCUCACUGGAAACCCUCAUCCAGAAUCUCGUGCCUACUGCUGACUACUACCCUGAGAAAGCGUAUGUGUUUACGUUCCUGCUGAGCGCCCGUCUGUUCAUCCCUCCUGCGGAGCUGCUGGCGCGCGUGUGUGAGCUGUGCAUCAAGCAGCAGCAGCUGGACCAGAGCCCACUUGAUACGGCCAAAGUGCGUAGGUUUGGCCCAAAGAUCCUGCAGCUGCUCACAGAGUGGACGGAGACGUUCCCCUCUGAUUUUAAGGAGGAGAAGAUGGUUGGACUCCUUAAAGACAUCAUUCACAGGAUCGCUCCCUGCGAUGAGGCUUACUGGAAAACCUUAAACCAGGUACUGCAGAAGCUAAGCCAAAGGCUGGCCUUGAUGAGUCAGGGGGAGGAGAGCAUCAUCAAGGUCUCCCUCAAUGCCUCCUACAUCUCCGACAAGCUCGUGGCCUUCAAGACCAAGCCCCCGCCCAUCCAGAAGGACAUGCUUUCCAUCUGCAAUGACCCUUACACCCUGGCACAGCAGCUCACCCACGUGGAACUGGAACAUUUGAGUCAUAUUGGACCGGAGGAGUUUGUUCAAGCUUUUGUUCAGAAAGACCCUCUGGAUGGAACCCGGCAACAAUCAUGUUUCAGUGACCAGAAGAAAACCUCCAACCUUGAGGCAUAUGUCAGGUGGUUCAACAGGCUGUGUUAUCUGGUUGCAACUGAGAUCUGCAUGCCUGCAAAAAAGAAGCAGAGGGCCCUGGUGAUAGAGUUUUUUAUCGACGUGGCCAGAGAGUGUUUCAACAUCGGAAACUUCAACUCGCUCAUGGCCAUCAUCUCCGGUAUGAACAUGAGUCCUGUGUCAAGACUGAAGAAGACCUGGGGCAAGGCCAAGACUGCUAAAUUCUUUAUUUUGGAGCAUCAAAUGGAUCCUACAGGCAACUUUUACAACUACAGGACCGCGCUGAGGGGUGCCGCCCAUCGCUCUCGGACGGCUAGCAGUAACAGAGAAAAGAUUGUGAUCCCCUUCUUCAGUCUUCUCAUUAAAGAUAUUUACUUUCUGAAUGAAGGAUGCGCCAAUCGACUUCCCAACGGCCAUGUUAAUUUUGAGAAAUUUGUGGAGCUGGGCAGGCAAGUUGGGGAAUUCAUGAUCUGGAAGCAGGUGGAGUGUCCAUUUGAGGAGGAUCAGGCCAUUCUACAUUACCUCCACACUGCCCCCAUCUUCAGUGAGGAUGGACUCUACCUUGCAUCCUAUGAGAGUGAGAGUCCAGAGAACCAGGUGGAAAAGGACAGGUGGAAAGCUCUCAGGUCAAACGUUCUGGGAAAGACAUGAGGCACUGAAGGCAGCUGAUCCUCUCACCAGCGAGGGCGCGCAUGUUCCCAUUGCACUAUAAUGAACUGAGAAGGAACCAAGCUGGUACUUAGGUGUUUUCUAUCAAGAAAAGAUUACUAAAAAAAAAA